UGAAACGCUCUAUUGAGCUCAAAGUCUUCGCCCUUUCUUAAUUACGUAGCGUCCAGCAUCUUUCUCUUUUUUUUCUUCCAAGAAGACUUUAGCGGCAGUAAUUAGCCCAAGGAGGAUAAAAACCAGUGGUCUGGGAGGGCCUGGUGCAUUUUGGAGCGAGAUGGCUAACGGGCAGGUUCUACACCUUCUUCUGGGUCUUCUCUUCUUGGUGCUGUGUCAUCCCUCUCUUCAAGGAGGUGUGUACAUUCCAGCAGGUGGCGUUGGAACAGCUGGGGGUGUUGGGGGAGGUGGGGGAGCUGGCACAGGUCUAUAUCCAGGAGCUGGCAGAAUUCCCGGACACAAGCCAGCAAAGACUGGAGGUGGACAUUUUUUCCCAGGUAUAGGUACAGGAGGUCUGGGAGCAGCUGGAGGGUAUGGGGCAGGAGCAGGUGCAAAGCCUCCUAAACCAGGUUAUGGGAAUCUGGGGACAGGUCUGGCAGGUGGAGGCUUGGGAGCAGGAGGCAGCCCAUUUGGUGGCUACUGGUAUGGACAUGGGGGCCUGGGAGGAGUCUUCCCUGGAGCAGGGCUGAAACCUCAAAAGUCAGGUGUUGGAGGAGGCGGACUUCCAGGUGGCACAGGUGCAGUACCUGUCAUUCCUCAGACUGGCCUGCCAGGGGGCGCUGGCAGCAAGGCAGCUGCAAAGGCAGCAAAGGCUGCAAAAUUACCAGGUGUCGGGGUACCAGGACUGUAUCAAGGUGGGCUCGUGCCUGGGCAAGGAUUCGGCGGACGAGGAGUCCUCCCUGGAGUGGCCACUGGAGCGGGACUCAAGCCCAAAUCAAUCGGAAGCGGAGGUCAGCUUGGUCUUGGUGGCAAUGGUGGCCGUGGGUUUGGGGGGCCUCUACAGCCUGGAGUAUUUUCUGGAUAUCCCCUCAAAUCACCUAAAGCCCAAGGAGGCUACGGCUCCCCCUAUGCUGGUGGCAAACCUCCCUAUGGCUACGGUGGCUUGGGAGGAGGAGGGGGACUCCCAGGAGGAGGUGCAGGAGGUGUUGGAGGCGUUGGAGGUGUGGGAACACAAGGAUUAUCACCAGCUCAGGCCAAAGCCGCUAAAUAUGGUUUGGUUCCAGGCGUAGUGCCAGGUGUGGGGCCAGGCUACGGUAGCUUGGGAGGAGGAGGGGGACUCCCAGGAGGAGGUGCAGGAGGUGUUGGAGGUGUUGGAGGUGUGGGAACACAAGGAUUAUCACCAGCUCAGGCCAAAGCCGCUAAAUAUGGUUUGGUUCCAGGCGUAGUGCCAGGUGUGGGGCCAGGCUACGGUAGCUUGGGAGGAGGAGGGGGACUCCCAGGAGGAGGUGCAGGAGGUGUUGGAGGUGUUGGAGGUGUGGGAACACAAGGAUUAUCACCAGCUCAGGCCAAAGCCGCUAAAUAUGGUUUGGUUCCAGGCGUAGUGCCAGGUGUUGCUCCAGGUGUGGGGCCAGGCUACGGUAGCUUGGGAGGAGGAGGGGGACUCCCAGGAGGAGGCGCAGGAGGUGUUGGAGGUGUUGGAGGUGUGGGAACACAAGGAUUAUCACCAGCUCAGGCCAAAGCCGCUAAAUAUGGUUUGGUUCCAGGCGUAGUGCCAGGUGUGGGGCCAGGUGCAGCGGGGAGGGUGCCAGGUGCUGGGGUGUACCCAGGGAUUCUGCCAGGUGUGUAUCCUGGAGGUGUGGGAACACAAGGAUUAUCACCAGCUCAGGCCAAAGCCGCUAAAUAUGGUGCAGCGGGGAGGGUGCCAGGUGCUGGGGUGUACCCAGGGAUUCCUGCAGGUGUGUAUCCUGGAGGUGUGUUUCCGGGUGUGGCUCCAGGCGUGGCUCCAGGGGUGGGAACACAAGGAUUAUCACCAGCUCAGGCCAAAGCCGCUAAAUAUGGUGCAGCGGGGAGGGUGCCAGGUGCUGGGGUGUACCCAGGGAUUGUGCCAGGUGUGUAUCCUGGAGGUGUGUUUCCGGGUGUGGCUCCAGGUGUGGCUCCAGGUGUGGGAACACAAGGAUUAUCACCAGCUCAGGCCAAAGCCGCUAAAUAUGGUGCAGCGGGGAGGGUGCCAGGUGCUGGGGUGUACCCAGGGGUAGUCCCCGGUGUGUAUCCUGGAGGUGUGGGAACACAAGGAAUAUCACCAGCUCAGGCCAAAGCUGCUAAAUAUGGUGCAGCGGGGAGGGUGCCAGGUGCUGGGGUGUACCCAGGGAUUGUGCCAGGUGUGUAUCCUGGAGGUGCAGCGGGGAGGGUGCCAGGUGCUGGGGUGUACCCAGGGGUAGUCCCCGGUGUGUAUCCUGGAGGUGUGGGAGCACAAGGAUUAUCACCAGCUCAGGCCAAAGCCGCUAAAUAUGGUGCGGUUCCAGGUGCGGUGCCGGGUGGGUUACCAUUGACUGGAUUUGGAGGAUAUGGUACUGGAGGUCAACAUCUUAAAUAUGGGGUGCCUGGCGGAGUUCCAGGUGGCAGUCUGGCCGGAGUUCCGGGCGGAGUUCCGGGCGGAGUUCCGGGCAGAGUUCCGGGCGGAGUUCCGGGCGGAGUUCCGGGCGGAGUUCCGGGUGCCGUUCCAGGGGUGAUCCCGGGGUACACUGGUGGGGCCAAACCUCCUAAAUAUGGGGUACCAGGGGCCACUGGAAUAGGAGUUCCAGGAGCUGUACCAGGGGCCACCGGAAUAGGAGUUCCAGGAGCUGUACCAGGGGGAUAUGGAUAUGGGGCGUACGGAGCUGGUGCUAAACCCCCAAAAUAUGGUGUGCCAGCAGGUGGAGCCACACCAACAGGAACAGGCAUGGGGGGUGUGCAGGGCGGGGGGACUGGCAUUGGACCAGCUGGGACAGGGCAGCCCUUCUUACCCGCUGGGAAACCAGAAAAGGGUCCAACACUGGCUCCUGAAGGGACUCCAUCACCAGCAGGAGCCAUUGCUUCAGUGGACACGCUGCCUGUAACCAGUGCUACAGGGCUUGCUCCAGGACUGCAGCCUGGUGUGGGGACAGGCCCAGCUCAGCCCAGUGGAGGUGCUACUCAACCAGUAGGAGCUGGAGUUCUGCCUUCAACUGGAGGCGUUGGGUAUCCACCUGGUGCAGGUCUGGGAGCAGGUAAACCCCCCAAGCCAGGCUAUGGCUCCUUGGGAACAGGAUAUCCAGCAGGUGCCGUUGUUCCGAGCUACGGUGGAUACCAGCAGCCCUACGCAGGAUACGUACCUGGAGGAGGAUACGUACCUGGAGGAGGAUACGUACCUGGAGGAGGAUACGUACCUGGAGGAGGAUACGUACCUGGAGGAGGAUACGUACCUGGAGGGGGAUACAUACCUGGAGGGGCUGGGCUGACUGCACAGCAAGCCAAGGCAGCCAAAUAUGGAGCUCUGCAGGGGUUUCUGGGAGGCGGAUACCAAGGUGUUCCUGGGUGCCAGGGCAAGUACUGUGGGAGGAAGAGGAAGUGAGAGACAGGAAGUGACCUCAAGAAACAAUGGUGCUACUGCAUGAUGUAGAAUGUACAGUUUACUUACAAAGGUCCCUCUUCAUGUACAAAUCUUCAACUUUUUUUAACGUAUAUGGCUGAAGACUAUGUACAAGCUUACAAAGCCAGAAGAAUGCCUGACUCCCAAAAAUGUUAAUGCCAAUCAAAGGAAUGUGAAAUAACUGUGUUCUCAGUGUAAUAAAUAAUAUAUGUGCACUACACUAUACAUGUAUGUUUAUAUAAGCCAUGUACUAUAGAUUGUGCCUGUAGCAGUCUUGGCUACAAAUGUCUGUGUGUCUGUUUAGCCUCAGUGAUGAGUAAAAUGUCCCUUGGCACUCUCAAUACUUUUACAAGUAUUAAAAUACGUGGAAUUGUGCCCUUUUAAACACCAUUUAUAGCAUCCAAGCUAUCCAGAGAUUCCUCUUUUGGGACUGACAAAGUCAGGUAUGCUAAAGAAUGUAUUUAUAAAAGGACUCUUUCUGUAUUGUAAAACAUUUGCAGCAUGACGAGGGCAGUCUAUCUCUCACUGCAUCGCUCUGUCCUGAGAUAUACUCUUACGGCAGGACUGCAGACUCACGGCACUUUGUAGACCACGGUUACCACGGUUACACGCAGCGGGACAACAGGUUUGAGAGGCUGUUUGCUGGGAGAGGAGCCAGAAUUCAAUGUCUAAAAUGGAUUUCUUCAUGAAGAGCCAUCUGCUCUGAAUAUGGAAAGCUUAUGUAACUCAGAAAACACCAUUUGAAACAAAUAUGAAAGAGUGCUCUUGUAAUGUUUUUUUUUGUUUGUUUUUUUUGUACUGUACGAGUCUGUUAAGUUAUUUUUUUAAGUGCUGUGCCUUAUUGAUCACCUUUUUGGCUUGGGAUAAUGCUGAAAUCACAAAAUACAAAAAUCAAUCUGGGUAAAAUUAAUCAUACAUGUAAAAUAUGCAUUUAUUAAAUGUAAAUUUGGCCAUUAUUUUUAUGUCCUUACUGUAAGCGUUAGAUAAACAUUCACUCAGUCAACCUUGAGCUUCACAAAUGUAUCACCCUCUUGAUUUGAUCAUGGUUCAGUAACAUGCAAAACUGUUCACCCAUUGGUAGUGCAACUAAAUUUAUUCUGGUCGCACAACGAAACUUUGUAAAGCAGCCUACUCUGUAGACGUAUGAUGGUUUUUAUUAUUUGUUUGUGCAAUGUCAUCACUGUGGAGAACUGUAAUGUUAGAUAUAUUGUAUUUUGUGUUUCCUCCCCUUAGUAAUGGUUAUAUGGUGCUGGUGUUAUAUGAAUUAUAAUACGUAUCUCUGGCUACGUCACUACGCAUCAUUGACGACACAAUGACGGCCAGACUCGACAUCUCCCGCCAAUUAGGCGACACAGCGAGUCUCCGCUCGAGCUCUCUCAGCUGUUGCUUGAUUGCUGUGCUCAGGCUGUCUUUGAGCCUUGACAGCGCUCCAGUACAAUCGUGGAUUUUAGUUUUUUAUUAUUUAAGGGGGUGGGGUGGUGGAAAUGCACUUUUUUCCACGACGCACAUUUCAAUACUUUCCGGAAAUCCCGGCAUUUUAACUGCUUCAGAAAAAGAAAAUAAUAAACUUGAGUAUUUUAAACAGA